AUGCUUAUCGAUUGUUCCAAUGGGACAUUUGUGAAUAAUGAUGAUGUGUCUAAUGAAAACAUUAGUGGAUUGUCAAAUCGAACAACUUUCGAUUUAUCAAAAUUGACACCAUCAAAUAUUACAUCAUUAAGAUGGGAAUAUACAUUGUCAGAUCCAAAACUUGAAGAACAACGUAUUGAAAAAUAUAAAGAAAAUCGUCGUCAACGAUAUAUUGAACAUCGUAAUCAAUCAUUAAUGACACUAAUGGAAAAUGUUAGUCUCACAUAG